UCCAUGUCCUGGCUUUACGAUGAUCCGUGGGAGCAACAUGCAACUCGCGCCACUGCCUCGCACUGCUGCAGUGGAGGAGUAAAUGCGGAGCCCGACACUGCUCCAGGUGAUCCACAGCAGCCCAGCAGACUGCUCCCUCCUCAGCCUUCCCUCUCCUCCUCCUCCUCCUCCUCCUCCGUCUUUACCUCCACCUCUUCCUUCUCCACCUCCUCCUCCUCUUCUUCUUCCUAUGUCAGGGCUCUAUUCCUCUGUGGGCUUUGGAAAAGAUAAGAAAGGAACAGAAAAAAAAAGCAGUGAGGAGAAAUCCUGCUUUCCGCCACUGUUCUUAAAUGAGACACACCUCUGCAUGACUAUCAGCUACUUCCCUGUCAUCGUGUGAAGACGCGCCACAUAUGUGCUCCAAUGUCUCUGGAACAUAGACCCGCUGCAAGACCAGAGGUUUACAUCUUGGUCCCCACCUCGGAAGAUAAAUGAAGGCAGACAUCUCCCUCCUGCCAGGAACAUGAAGGGCUUAUCAGGCAGUCGUUCCCAGCAUCAUAUUCCUUUACCUCAUGGUUUGGACUACGAUCCCCAUGUUCAUGAUUUCCAUGGCCACCAUGGCUCUGACUCCCGCCACCCUUCAUACCUGCUCAGCCCUACAGAGAGCUGCCCCGUGGACUUCCACCACCGGUACUCACCCCGAAGCUCCAUCCACUCAGACUGCAUGAUGAUGUCUCCUGUCAUGAUGCCCCCACCUGCAGCAUCUGAACACAUCUCCAGCAGCACCUUCCCCAGAAUGCACUACAGCUCUCAGUAUUAUGACUCAGCUACACGGGAAGACUGCGCUGCCAUCACGGCUUCUGCCACCUCACCGGCUGUUGCUGCUGCAGCAGCCGCAGCCGCUGCCUCUUCCCACCACGCCGGCACUAAAAGCAAUCGCCUUCCAGCUAAUCUGUUAGACCAGUUUGAGAAACAACUGCCCCUGCACCGCGACGGCUUCCACACGCUACAGUAUCAGCGCACCUCCACAACCACUGAGCAACGCAGCGAGAGUCCUGGCCGCAUCAGACACCUCGUUCAUUCUGUUCAGAAACUCUUCACCAAGUCCCACUCCUUAGAGGGGUCAUCCAAGAUGAAUGGCACAAAAGCAGAUGUUGUAGGAGGUGGAGGAGGAGCAGGGUCUUACUACCAUCAUGGUCACCACUCCACCAAACAUGGCAGCAAGAGAAGCAAAAGUAAAGAACGUAAGCACCGUUCUGGAGGUUGGUGGAGCUCCGAUGACAACUUGGACAGUGACAGCACCUACCGCACACCUAGUGUGAUGUCGAGACACUACGGGGAAAAUGUCAGCCACUGCUACCCAGAAUCCAUGCACAGUCACCACUUUGGACAAAUGUCGCUCAAGGGCUCCAAGAGUAACAAUGAUGUCAAGUGCUCAGCCUGUGAAAGCAUGGCCACGGCACCUGAGGGCAAAUUCAUGAAGAGGAGCUCUUGGUCGACACUAACAGUCAGCCAAGCCAAGGAGGCCUAUAGGAAGUCAUCGCUUAAUUUAGAGAAACCCAUGAUGCACACAGACCUUAAAACAUCAUCACGAGCAUGUCACUACCUUCAGGUGCCCCAAGAUGAGUGGAGUGGAUACCCCGAUGACAAAGAUGAGGAGAUUCCGUGUCGCCGCAUGAGAAGCAGUAGCUAUGUCAAAGCUAUGGGAGAGCUGGAGGAUGAAAGUGGAGACUCCGACACAAGUCCUAAGACUUCUCCACAGGUGGCCAUUCGUCCUGAUGCUCUUGUCCUUAAAUCAGCCAUGCAGAGACCCCAUUUAGACUCCCAAAGCCAGGGUUACCACUUGCAAACCAGAGAUUUGCGCCCUCACCCAAGUGUCACGCUGGAUCCUGCCACCUCCUUUCAUCCACCUCCUUUUCGCUCUCGCAACCAGAGCUACAUGCGUGCCGUCAGCACCCUCAGUCAAGCUAGCUGUGUCAGCCAGGUGAGUGAGACUGAGAUCAAUGGCCAGUUUGAGUCAGUUUGCGAGUCCGUUUUUAGUGAAGUAGAAUCCCAGGCAAUGGAGGCCUUGGACCUGCCUGGUUCGUUCCGCACUCGAAGCCACAGUUACCUCCGUGCAAUUCAGGCUGGUUAUUCCCAAGAUGACGACUGCUUGCCUUCAAUGACAUCCUCCACUGUCACUUCAACUCUCAGAUCCACAACAGCGGUAUCAUACCCUCCCAGUUACAAGAAGACCCCACCUCCUGUGCCCCCGCGCACCGCCACCAAGCCUCUUAUUUCUGUGACAGCCCAGAGCAGCACAGAGUCCACCCAGGAUGCCUACCAGGAAGGCAGGCAUUUACAAGGCGGCCUGUGGACCACGGAUAGCCUUGGCCGUCCCAUCUACAGCUCCAUGGACAGCCUGAACAGCACCAAGGCAGUCACCAUGGCCAUGGAGGCAGGCAAGAGGCAUGCUUUGGUGGGAAGUCACACCUCUGUCCAGACAUGUGACAAGGCUGUACUAGUAUCAAAGGCUGAAGAGUACCUCAAAACCCCACGUUCCUCUAUUGGUAUACAGGUGGAAGCUGUGACAGACUCUGAGGCUGAAGUUAAAGGGCUUCCUCAGUUUCACUCUAUAGGGAUCCAGGUGGAGGAUAGGAAACGGCAUGGUAGGUUCAAGCGUUCCAACAGUGUGACCACUGCAGUGCAAGCAGAUUUGGAACUGGAAGGCUUUCCCUCCAUGGAGGACAAAGGCCUGCAGUUCGGCGGCGCCUUCGGCCGGCACUCUGAGCCUAGCACACCAACUCAGUACGGAGCCAUCAGAACUGUGCGCACGCAGGGCCUUUUUAGUUACAGGGAGGACUACCGGCCUUCCAGUGGGCCCCCCAGCCCGCAGCCUGAACCUUGGUUGGUGGAACCCAGCCUGGAGAGCACCGACUCGGGCCGAGUGCCCCCACUCCGAAGGGAUGGCAGUUGGUUCAUGCAGCUCCUUCACAACGAAACAAAGAGACUUGAAGAAUGGUGCAAAGAGAUGGAAAGAGAGGCAGAGGAGCAUGACCUGUCAGAGGAGAUCCUAGGAAAAAUCCGGAGUGCAGUUGGAAGUGCUCAGCUACUAAUGUCUCAAAAGUUUCAGCAGUUUUACUGGCUGUGCCAACAAAAUCUGGACCCCAGUGCGAUGCCUCGACCCACAUCUCAGGACCUGGCUGGAUUCUGGGACCUUUUGCAGCUUACCAUUGAUGACGUCACUGCCAAGUUUGAUGAGCUGGAGCAGAUCAAGAGCAACCAGUGGCAGCUGGUGGAGAGUCCCGAGAAGAAGGAGCAAAAGUGGCCUCCACCUCUGGCAAAGAGGCCAGCCAGGGGGCGUGGCAGCGUGAUGCGGGAGCGCUCUCUUGACCUCCAAGACCGCCAGCGACAGGAAGCCCGCCGACGCCUCAUGGCUGCCAAACGAGCUGCUUCUUUCAGACAGGACUCAGCCACGGAGAGGGCGGACAGCAUUGAGAUCUACAUCCCAGAAGCCCAAACACGGCUUUGAGGUCCACACAACCAUCCUUAGCUCCUGUCGUCCCUCUUCAUCAGAUACCAGCAUGUCGCGGCACAACAUCUGCCCUCCAAUUCCCUAUUCAAUCUUUUCGUGUGUUGGCCUUUUUCUAAGCUCUCCCUGUUAAAGCUACACUGGGCAAAUCUUUUAACAGAAAACUUUACCCUUUUAUCAGCAUAAAUUAAAUUAGUAAAGAAUCAUGACAUGUGGCCAUAGGAGUCUGGUUUUUGACCACAUUUUAAAAACCCCAACAGUCUGUAAAACACAAACGAUUAGAGACUUAACAAUUUUUUCAAUGUUUCACUUGGUAUCCUUCAGCUAAAAGUCACCCAACAGCUGCCAAAAUUUUAGAUAAAUUGUUUGGUAUUGCCUCUGCAAAAUAUACAUUUGCCUAGUGUAUCUUAAAGACCACAGGAAACAUUUACUAAUGGCUGAGAAUUAGCUAACAUAGAGUAAAAAAACUGUGUCAAGGGACAAAAAAACACUUUGCACAUUCAAUGAAACGAAAUGCAACAUUUUCCUUACCAGCAACAAUGGUCUGUGGCCAAAGCACCCUGUAUGUAUCUUCCAUCUCUGAAAGUUAUUGGACUAUUUCUUUGCAGGAUACUGAUUUAGUUUUUUUCUCUUCACUUAAAAAGUUAAAACAUAAAGCAGAGUUUGACUUUUUAAAAUAGUGUUCCAUUUGCCAUGGUUGAUGUUGCAAGUGCCACACAUCUUUUCCUUUUAUUGUUCUUUAACCAGGGGUGCUGCAGCCGUUAAUCAUUGUUGCUGGAUAAGAAUUAAAAAUGAGACAAAAAAUUCCCAGGCUAAUAUUUUCACAUAAAGGCAUGUCCAUUCCUACAGUACCAUUCAUUCUUAGGACAUUUUUUAAAAUAUGUGUAAAUUGCUAGCUCUUGUCCACAUUUCCACUGCAGAACAAAUAUGAAUUAUCAAUGAAAAGUUUUACACAGCCUGAAAAAGGUUAUUUCAAACAAUGCAUUUUGCACAUUAUAAUAUUCAUGUUUGUAUUUCCAAGGGAAAUGUAGUUUAUGAUGAUCAUGUGAUAUUGUUGCAGUUGAAUUGCAAGAACAGAGAUGAAAAAUUUACAACAGAAUUUCCUAUAUAAAUGUAUUUAGGUUGUAGAAAUUGCACCUUGUUUCUUUUUUUAAGGGCACUAAUGCCACUCUUAAGUAAACACUUAUGAUUCUAACACUUUUAAUUUUACUUACAGUAUAUAUAUUUUAUGACCAAUUUCAUAGUUUAUGCCAUACAUUUAGUAUUUAUAGUUACCAACAGGCAUUGGUUGAUUUGACAGAGCAUCUGUCUUGUUAUUAAACAGUAUUUCUUAGCUGAGUCUUUCCAUUUCACUGCAUCUGACCUUCCGUUCUUGUUUUGAUCUGCUUGUGUAGUUCUAGGGAAAACAGGUGCAAAUGACACUUUAACAAUAUUCAGUUACUAUAAUAAAUGGUGCUGCUUUUUACUCUAAAACUGUUGUCCCUCACCCAGUCCUACAUGCACACACACACAAAUAAGAGUACUUUAUAAACUAAGAUUUCUUAACAUGGUGCCCACUGUCUCCCCGAUGGCAGAGUGUGACUUCAGACACAAUCAUUUUUGCAAAGUUCUUGCUUUCAGUGAAUUAAAUGAGGAGACAGUUUUAUAGUUCAGAUUGUUGCAAAGAACAGAGAAAGCAAAGGGGAUGUUAUUGGGGUUAUUAUUAUUAUUAUUGAACAGGAGGGGAAACAGGUUUGACAUUCCAACAACCUUUAAACAAAACUUAAUACAUCAUGGUUCAUGUUCUUAUUUUUCCUCACACUUCCAGUGCAUUUCCAGUCAUCUCCAUUUGUCAAUCUAACCCUGAGUAAUAAAAAACAAAUGCUGAUAUUGCCGCUAGGAUUAUGUUGCAUCAUAGUUUUUCUUGUUUUAAUCUAAACAUGUUAAACAGAGGAGAGCAGUCUGUGUUCUCUGUAUGAGGCGGUGAAAAGUUGAGAGAUUAUGACACAUUUUGCUUGUUUUUUUCUACCGGCAAUGAGGCUCACCUCGUGUUGGACUAUUUUACUCCAGGAUGAGUGUGCUGAAUCUGAAAACCUUACCCUAUGGCCUUACCAAAACAGUAAUGAAUGUAGAGAUGCCAUUGAUGCAAAAAAUUGAAUAAAAUAAUGUCCCAGGGGAUUAGCGGUUGCUAAACUAUCAAAUAAAUAUAACUGGAUGACAGGGUGAUUAAAUUUUUUCAUGUAAGUUUUUUUUUACAUUUAGUUUUACAGUGUGAAGUAGGGCAAAAAUAUUACGUUUUUUUUAAUGAGUUCAGCUUUGUUAAAUCAUAAACUGAGCAGUUGAGAAGUGAGCCUUACAAACAAACACAAUAUAAAUAUUCAUAUUUUUAGCACAUGUAAAGAUUAGACUAGUUAAAACUAGCAUUCGGUUCCGAAAAAGUGCUAAAAAAAUAUUCACUGCUCAAAAAAAUAAAGGGAGCACUCAAAUAACACAUCCUAGAUCUGAAUGAAUGAAAUAUUCUCAUUGAAUACUUUGUUCUGUACAAA